AUGCUGGAGGAACGCGCGUCUGAGCACGGCCUACUAGCAUUCGCCCUCGUCUAUCUUACCUUCUUCCUUGAUAAUGUUCUUCUGACAGUGCUCGUUCCCAUAAUUCCGGACUGGGUGCGCGGCGAGUCUCUGGCACUGUGGGCUACACACGACGCUCCCCUCGUUAAGUUUCUUAACACAACUGUGAACAAAAUCACCACAGCUGAUGAAGAUGAGGGUGUUGGGGGCUCGCAGGCGCUAGUGGGCGCGGUGCUUGGCGCAAAGGCGGCAGCGCAGCUGCUGAUGGCCCCGGUAGCCGCGUGCGCUGUGGCCCGACGCGGACCUGUGCCCGUGCUGCGGGCCGCUACCGCACUACUGGCGACUGCUGCAGCAGGUGUUUUAGUGGGAUAUCCUUUUGGAGGUUCCGCUUACGUCCUGUGGAGUCCAGCAGCACCUUUCCAGCUGAUAUGCUUCGCUUUAUUGUUAGAUCUCGUUUUACAGUAUGCCUUUUUAAGAGAAGAUGGCGAAUAUCAAAUCCAGUGCAACCAAGAAAACAACAAGCAAGCCAGGCCGGAGUCUAUGUGGGCGGUGUCUCGGCGCGGCGGAGCGCUGGAGUGCGCGGGCGCGGUGCUGCUCACCACCAGCGUGAUGGCCGCGCUGGAGCCCUGCCUGCCGCUCUGGAUGCUGGAGAAGUUCCGUCCGGAGCGCUGGCAGACUGGCGCCGCUUUCUUACCAGAUAGCCUGGGCUACCUGAUCGCCACCAGCUCGCUGGGCGGCGUGACGCGGCUGGUGGGUGCCGAGCGAGUGGCUCUGGUGGGGCAGAUCACCGUCGGUGUGGCUGCACUAGCCGUGCCGUACGCAACAUCCGUGUGGGGUCUGGCGACGCCGCAGCUGUGUGUGGGCGUGGGUCUGGGCGCGACAGACGCAGCGCUGGCGCCCGCUCUGCUGGCUCGCCGGCCGCGCCGCGUGCCGCAGCUCGCCGCGCUGCUGCAGGCCGCCGCCAGCGCCGCCUAUGCACUCGUCGGUUCACUAAGAAGUAGAAACAUAAUGAUAGACAUUAAGCCGAAAAUGUAA